AGCACAUCGAUUCUGCGGCGGUCAUUGUCGGACCAUGGCCUCCAAGCAGCUCGCCAAGCCGACGACCUCGGCCAAGCAAGCGACCGUCGUCGAGAAGAAGCGCGCCCGCGAGAACGACGACGACGACGGCCAUGAGCAUGGGGAGGACGAGGAUGUGAAGAAGACCAAGACGACGCGGGGCGAGAAGCUCGGCGACGGCUCGAUCGCGUUCGACCUCUCGGCCAAGAAGCAGGUCACUGUGCGCUCGUGGAAAAGCACGAUCCUCGUCGACGUGCGCGAGUACUACGACGCGGGCGGCGAGCGCAAGCCCGGCAAGAAGGGCAUCUCGUUCUCCAAGGACCAGUACAAGAAGAUUGCCGCGCUCACGGCCGACAUCAACGCGGCGAUCGCCGAGGUCAAGGACGACAUUGCUGGCGACUACACCCACGCCAAGCUCGAGAGCGCCGAAGAGGGUGCGAUUGCGUUCGCCGUCUCGGCGAAGCGCCGGGCGACGAUUCGCAAGUUCAAGAGCAUGCUCCUCAUCGACUUUCGCGAGUUCUACGACAAGGACGGGGCUCAGAUGCCCGGCAGCAAGGGUAUUUCUCUCUCGAUCGACCAGUGGAAGAAGUUCCAGGAGCUCGCCGAGGAUAUUGAAGCUGCGGUCGCAAGCUUGUAGGACGGGUGCCACGAAUAUAUAUUAAGGUGUCAUCUACCACGACGACUUUGCCAUACGCAACAAAAGGCCG